CUAGACAUGCAGACUGCUUUUGCAAGCAUUUGUGAAAGAAUGGGCCACUCUCAGGAGCUCAGUGGAUUCAAGCGUGGUACUGUGAUAGGUUGCCUCCUGUGCAAUAAGUCCAUCUGUGACAUUUCCUGGCUACUAAAUAUUCCACGGUCAACUGUUAGUGGUAUUAUAACAAAGUGGAAGCAACAGGCCAUAUAAAAUGACAGAGCGGAGUCAGCGCCACUGGACUCUAGAGCAGCGGAGACGUGUUCUCUGUAGGGACAAAUCACUCUUCUCUGUCUGGCAAUACGAUGGACGUGUCUGGAUUUGGCGGUUGCCAGGAGAAUGGUACUUGCCUGACUGCAUUGUGCCAAGUGUAA